AUGGCAAGGAAGAAGUUUAGCGCAUUAGAAAUCUCUCUGAUUGUCCUCUUUGCCAUUGUUACUAUAAUAGCUAUUGCCCUAGUCAUUGUUUUAGCAACUAAUACACCUGCUGUUGAUGAAAUAACUCCUACUUCAACUCCAGCUGGUUUAGGAAAAUGUCCCAGUGAGAUAAAUGAUGCCACCAAUGAGAGAAUAAACUGCAUUCCAGAACAAUUUCCAACACAGGUAGUUUGUGAGCAACGAGGCUGCUGCUGGAGGCCAUGGAAUAACUCUGUUGUUCCUUGGUGCUUCUUUGUAGAUAACCAUGGUUAUAAUGUUGAGAAAAUUGAAAGAAAAAGUACUGGACUUGAAGGCAAUUUAAACAGAAUACCUUCUCCUACACUAUUUGGGGAUGAUAUUAACAGUGUACUCCUCACAACUGAAAAUCAGACUCCCAGCCGUUUACGGUUUAAGAUUACAGAUCCAAAUAAUGAAAGAUAUGAAGUUCCUCAUCAGUUUGUAAAAGAAUUUACUGGACACACACUCUCUGAAACAUUGUAUGAUGUGGAGGUUGCAGAAAAGCCAUUCAGCAUCAAAGUUACCAGAAAAAGCAAUAACAAGGUUUUAUUUGAUACCAGCAUUGGUCCCCUUGUAUACUCAAAUCAGUACUUACAGAUUUCAACCAAACUUCCAAGUGAAUAUAUGUAUGGUCUUGGGGAGCAUAAUCAUAAGAGAUUUCGUCAUGAUUUAUACUGGAAAACAUGGCCAAUCUUUACUCGAGAUGAAGCUCCUGGUGAUAAUAAUCAUAAUUUGUAUGGCCAUCAGACAUUUUUCAUGUGCAUUGAAGAUAUUACUGGAAAAUCCUUUGGUGUAUUUUUAAUGAACAGCAAUGCAAUGGAGAUUCUCAUCCAGCCUACCCCAAUAGUAACUUACAGAGUUAUUGGCGGCAUUCUGGACUUCUAUAUAUUUCUGGGAGACACCCCAGAACAAGUAGUUCAGCAGUACCAAGAGCUCGUUGGAUUACCAGCAAUGCCACCAUAUUGGGCUUUAGGAUUCCAGCUGAGUCGCUGGAAUUACCAAUCACUGGAUGUAGUGAAAGAGGUAGUACAAAGAAACCGAGAAGCUGGCAUACCGUAUGAUGUACAAAUCACUGACAUUGACUACAUGGAAGACAAGAAGGACUUUACUUAUGAUCACAAUACAUUUAAUGGGCUUCCUGAGUUUGUUAAAGAUUUGCAUGAACAUAACCAGAAAUAUGUUAUCAUCUUGGACCCUGCAAUUUCUAUAACUAACCGUUCCAAUGGAGACCCAUAUGAAACCUAUGAGAGGGGAAAUGAAAAACAUGUUUGGGUAAAUGAAUCCGAUGGAACUACAGCACUUAUUGGAGAGGUGUGGCCAGGAUUAACAGUGUACCCAGAUUUCACUAAUCCAGACUGCAUAGAUUGGUGGGCAGAAGAAUGCUAUACUUUCCAUAAAGAAGUGGAGUAUGAUGGAAUUUGGAUUGACAUGAAUGAAGUUUCCAGUUUUAUUCAAGGUUCACUGAAAGGCUGCAAUGACAACAAAUUGAAUUAUCCACCUUUUAUUCCUGGUAUUCUUGACAAACUCAUGUAUUCCAAAACACUUUGCAUGGAUGCAGUGCAGAAGUGGGGAAAACACUAUGAUGUUCAUAGUUUGUAUGGGUACAGUAUGGCCAUAGCAACUGAGAAAGCUGUAGAAAAAGUUUUUCCUGAUAAGAGAAGCUUAAUUCUUACCCGAUCAACUUUUGCGGGAACUGGAUAUCAUGCUACACAUUGGUUAGGAGAUAAUGCAGCUUCAUGGGAACAAAUGGAGUGGUCUAUCACUGGCAUGCUGGAGUUCAAUAUGUUUGGAAUGCCUUUGGUUGGAGCAGAUAUCUGUGGAUUUUUAUAUGAUACCACUGAAGAGCUCUGCAGACGCUGGAUGCAACUUGGGGCCUUUUAUCCGUAUUCUAGAAACCAUAAUGCUGAUGGAUACGCU